GGGCGGUACCGAGGGCCACUUAUCUCCGCUCCAUUAUUUGAUACAGCGUUUCUGGUAACACACGCUCAAAAUCAACUUGCUGUGGUGUAACGCCGAUACUGUAAUUCCUCUUAAAACUCAGUAUCAACUUGGAUUAAGGCAGACUUUCAGAUUUGUGGCGGUCAUUUGUCGACAGUUUAGAGUGUGACGCCAAGCUGGGAACAGGUAGCUGGUUAGACCCCCCUGGCCGGCCGCUCCUCCGCGCUGUGAAGUGCUUCUUUUGCUGCCGUGGUUCUUUACGCUAAAACUACCAAGACCGUUCUCUCUCUCUCUCUCUCAUACACCUCACCCCACCGUGUUCUCUUGUUCUCUCCCCCGCGGUAUCUCUUAAACAGCCACACUGUCUAACGAUAUUGAACGUCGACUUGACUCUUGGUUCCUGGUAGGUGAUCGGCCCUCCUCCUCCUACGCCUCCCAGCACCGCCUUCCACCGCCUCUCCGUCAGGAACACAAAAUGGACCCCCUUACCGGCGGCCUCGGUGAUGGCCUCUACGACCUGGUGCCCAGCGCCCAUCACACCACCCACGCCGACACCACCCACACCCACGGCCGCGAUACCGACGGCACGGGUUCGCUGGGGGGCGCGGGCGGCACCACUCACUCACACGUCCAACACAACCCGGCCUCUUCAGCCUCCCGUCUGACCGUCCUCUCCGCCUCACGCCAACAUGACCCCACGCCCAGAGACGGAGGGGAGAAGCCCUCACAGUCGUGUUCUACAGAGUCUGACGACGACAAGAACAAGAAGAAGCGACAACGACGACAAAGGACUCACUUCACCUCUCAGCAGCUGCAGGAGCUGGAGGCCACCUUCGCCAGGAACAGAUAUCCUGACCUCAGCGCCAGGGAGGAGAUCGCCCUAUGGUUGAACCUAAAGGAGGCCCAAGUUAGGAUCUGGUUCAAGAAUCGUCGGGCUAAGUGGCGGAAACGUGAGAGACACGCCAUGACCGCCGGUAUGCCAGGGGACCUUAAGGGUGGAUGGGGCGCCCAGCUCAAUGGUCUAGCCUGGCCUGACGAUGGUCUAUACUCCGGCUACUCCUACAACAACUGGGCUAAAGUGACACCUCCUCCCCUGGGGGCAAAGAGCUUCACUUGGGGGUUUAAUGGCGUCAAUAUGAACCCAUUAAUGAGUCAACAGCCCUCAGCCAUGUCGCCCAUUAAUUGCUUCCAGACGCCUACACAGAGUAUGGGUGGGUCGGCUAACUUGAUGCCUACGAGUAUGUCAUCGUCUCUGGGGUCUAGUGCCGCCCCCUGCCCCUACCCGGCCCCAACGCCUCCCUACGUCUACCGUGAUCAGACCUCUUCCAUGUCCUCCUCCAUCGCCUCGCUCCGCCUCAAGGCCAAGUCCCACUCCCCGGCCUUCUCCUACUCCAGCGGUGGUACAGACACACGGUCACCUCCCGCCCCUGACAACAACGCCUUCUUCACCACCGCGGGACCCACAGACAAAUUCUCCUGCAUGAAUACUGUCAUCGCGUAACGCCCCCGCCUAGAAAGGGACUUGGCCCUCUGGUGGUGAGCUGCUAAAGUGAUGCCCCUCCCCCUUGACCCUCUGGUGGUGAGCUGCUGAACUGUCGCCCCCUCCCCUUGGCCCUCUGGUGGUGAGCUGCUGAACUGUCUCCUCCCCCCCCCCAUCUGUAAAAUACUCCUCUCGUCACAGAGACUCCACCUCAAACACCUCGUCCUCCACCAUCCACAGAAGCUCGACCUCGACGCCUAAGUCACCCUCAAACCUCCUCCACCCUUAAUACCAGCGCCACGGUAAGCAGAAGGUAGGCGAAUGUUCCGUCUGACGAUAAAGUGUGUGUGUGUGUGGAGGAAGUUCACCAGACGAGAUUUUAUUCAAUGUGUUGGCGAUGUUGUCUUAGCGUCACACACCCAAGCCUACGACACCUCCCCAGUGACCUAUACAACACGACCCCAAUACCACCUUACAUUAACCCUCCACAUAUAAAACAACACCAUAUAAAUCACGAAUCACUUCCAAUCUUUCCAAUCAGUCCUAUAAACUUUAAACCCAAUCCCAAAUCAUCUUGGUGUUCGAAACUCAUUCAAAUUUCCAAUCAGUUUUAAUCGAUUUGUGUUCUGUAAAAAAAUCGAACAGAGUUUUUUUAUUACGCGUCCAGAUCGUUCAAUAACGUUGGAUUUUGUUUUCAUUCGUGGUUAAAUCCCUAACAUAAGGGAUUUAUUACAUAGCUAUUAUUUUGUAUUCGCUACAGGGGGAUUUAUUUGACUGAAUCCUUUACAUUUCAUCAUUCAGUGGCGGUAAUGGUGGAUUUACUCUCGUCAAUCCUUCACUUCCAAUCAAUCCACAUCAACAAAGGCGGAUUACACUGCACAACCCUUCAAUCCCAAUCGACCCACGUAAACAAAUACAGGUUACGAUACCCAAUCUUUCACACAGACCCCCAAGACAAGAUUCCAAUCAGCCCCCAUUACCAAAUACAGAUUAGAUCAACAAAUCCUUCAAUUCUAAUCAGUCCACAUAAACAAAGACAGAUUACGAGACCAAAACACAACAGAUUUCGCUCUUAAAAAUCUCCACCAAGCGUGAAAUCUGACCCACUGAGGGAAAGGUCACAGAUUUGGGUGUGGUGUCAAAUCUCUUGGGCACAGGUGGUCAACUUAACCCGGGUCACCUGAUGAUCAGACACCCUGAAGCUAACCUAACCUAACCUAACCUACCCCAAUUUCCUUACCUAACCUAACCUAACCUACCCCAAUUUCCUUACCUAACCUAACGGUACCCUAACCAAAACUACAGUACCCUAACCUAACCUAAUCAUACGCUACCCUAACAACCCAAGGUAGCGUUAGAACACCUAAUCACCAGAUAAACUAAACUAGAGGGGGUGUCUAAUCUUCAGGUGAUCUAAUUGGUUCUCUGUUACAAUUUCUCUGGCAUUUCCACCACGUCAAGGGGGCGAUAUUUUUCCUUCCCCUUCAAUUCAGAUGAUGGUCCAUAGGUCAUUGAUUUAUUACACCCCCUUCAACUGUCCCCUCCCUCAUCAACACCCCAUCACCCCCUCCCCCAAUCAAGAGUAAUUCGACCCCUAUUAAGACCCUCUUCAACCCCCAUUAAGUCUAAUUCAAGGCCCCAUCAAGGCUCUGUCAGUACCCCCUCUCUCAAGUCCACAUCAACACAUUCUGGUUAAAGACGAUACAUGUUGAGAGAGAGAGAGAGAGAGAGAGAGAGAGAGAGAGAGAGAGAGAGAGAGAGAGAGAGAGAGAGA